UAGACUGUGGGACGAUUUAUGGCUCAGGCAAAGGUCUUUGAAUGUCUUUAUCUGAUGGACGUCUGCUAUAAAUGUUACUUUCCCCGAGAUCAGAACUCUCAAGCGAGGAGUUCACGCUCACAGAGAGACGAUGCUUUGGCCCGCGCUGCUCGGCCUUGUGGCGCUGCUCUCGGCGACGAGCGCCGCCGUGACAGAGAGAGCGGAGUACGACUACUUCAAGUACCAUCCCAUGCCGGAGAUCUCCCAAUGGAUGGACCAGGUUGCAACGGAUCACCCUGACGUUGUCACCGUGAUGAAAUACGGACAGACGUACGAGAAGAGGACCAUCCGCUUGCUCAAGAUUGGCCUGGAUACCGGGGAGAAGAAGAAAGCUAUCUGGAUGGACUGUGGUAUUCAUGCCAGGGAGUGGAUCGCCCCGGCCUUCUGUCAGUACUUUGUCAGUCAGAUCCUGAAAGCCCACAAAACGGACCUGAAAAUGCAGGAAAUGCUAAAAAACAUGGACUUCUACGUCACCCCAGUUCUCAACAUGGACGGCUACAUGUACACCUGGGAGAACAACGGGACGCGUCUGUGGAGGAAGAACAUGUCACCGGGACCUUUUGGCUGCAACUGCACCGGCGUCGAUCUCAACCGCAACUUUGAUGCCAACUGGGGCACGAUCGGGGUGUCGUCCAACUGCUGCUCCGAAAUCUACUACGGGAGCCGUCCGGUGUCUGAGCCCGAGGCCCAGGCCGUCACUUAUUUUGUGGGCACCCGACCGGAAGAGUUCCUGUGUUUCCUCACCAUCCACUCCUACGGCCAGCUGCUCCUGGUUCCAUACGGACACCCAAACUUCACCGCCUACAACUACGAAGAGCUGAUGGAGGUGGGUUUGGGCGCAGCAGACGCCAUCAGAAAGGUCCACGGAAUGAACUACACCGUCGGAAGCUCACCGGAUGUGCUGUACCCCAACUCGGGUUCGUCGAGAGACUGGGCUCACAUGCAGAAGAUCCCCUUCUCCUUCACCUUCGAGCUAAGGGACAAGGGGGCCUUCGGCUUUGAGCUUCCCGAGGAUCAGAUCCGGCCGACGUGCGAGGAGGCCUACAGCGGCGCACUGCACAUCAUCACCUACGCCCACGACAAGACCUUUAGCGGUGCCGUGGCAACCGCUGCCGCAACCCUGUCGAUCACGCUGUUAGCAGUGGGUGUCACCGGCAACUCCCUGCUGUGAGGGACGCCAAAUUGACCCGUAGUGCUUCCAGUUCUAGCCAUCCUGCGUAUCUGCCACUAGUAUCCAGUUUUUAUGUUACUGUAAGAAACUGUUUGCUUCUGUUUUUUUAUUUUUAGGGAAGGAUUAUCAAUAGAAUAUGAUGAAGCAGUGUGUAAAUGUAUCUUUUGGUGGAUAAUAAUCAAGCCAUAAUAAAACUGUUGUGAAGUGUCUUUCAAUAAGCUGAGAUUUCACCAUCUGUUU